AUGGUAGGAAAUGUAGCUACUUUGUGUUGGGAUGAAGUGAGUGAGAGGAAAUUAAUUCGCCCAGAACUUGUGCAGCAGACAGAAGAGAAUAUCAGAAUUAUCAAGGAAAAAUUGAAAGCCGCUACAGACAAACAAAAGUCAUAUGUUGACCUUAGGAGGCAGGAUAUAGAAUAUAAUGUUGGGGAUAAAGUAUUUUUGAAGGGUUCUCCGUUAAAGCACAUCAUGCGGUUUGGAAAGAAAGGAAAACUUAGUCCACGCUUCAUUAGGCUGUACAGGUCUGAUCCUUCACAUAUAUUGCCUUUAGAGUCAAUUAAAGUCAACCUAGAUCUUACAUAUGAUGAAGAACCAAUGGCAAAUCUAGCAAAGAAGACAAAGUAG